AUGGAGUAUACACGCGAGAUACUAGCAGGCGUAUUGGCGCUCGCCUCAUGGAGAAACCUGGCCUUGCUUCUUGCAGUGACUAACUUGAAAAGUCUCCCAUUAUCUUGGCACUUCCGUUUGCUGUAUCACUUCGUAAGCAACCUACGUUUGAAACCCAGUGCGCCACUUUUCCCCAAGGGGAGACUCAUUGUGGACUCCCGAGGCAAACCAACACAUCCCAUCUUCGUACCAUGCAUGGUCACAUCUCGCACGCCGUUGCUAGAGACCGAUUACAACCUGCACAAAUCCAACAGCACCUACUUCACGGAUCUGGACAUUUCGCGUACAACGCUGGUGACCCGACUUUACAGUCCUGGAGUCGGCAAUGUGAGCAAGGAGCUCGACCAGGAGUUCCUAGCCGCAAGCAAGAAAGAGGGAAAGCCAGCGCCAAGGCGCAAGCCGAUGUCGAUUGUACUCGGAUCUGUUUACUGCACAUUCAAGCGCGAGAUCAAGCCAUACGAACUAUAUGAGAUGCACUCUAAGGUGAUCUCUUGGGAUGCGAAGUGGAUGUACAUCUUGACCUGCUUCAUGCGACCUGCAAGCCACAGUGGCGGCGAAAAGGUGGUCCUUGCUGUGGGUCUUAGCAAGUACGUGGUCAAGAAGGGCCGGCUGACUGUUCCCCCGGAGCGGCUUCUACGCGCUAGCGGAUUCCUUCCCGCGCCGUCCUCCGGGAGUGAAGACAAGACCGCGCUAGCCGACGUCAAUUCCUCAGCCGAAGCUUCCGACGUUGGCACCCCUGCUAGUGGUGAAGGUAUCACGGCCAUGGGAGGCGUGGAUGGAUCGUUGGCUCGGGAGGUAUUGAAGAUAAACGAUGAGCAGAUUCCGAGCCAGGAGACACUGGAUAAGCAGCAGAAGGAGAAUACUGACUCGUGGGAUGUCGCAGAGUGGACCUGGGAGCGGAUUGAACAGGAACGCCUGCGGGGAUUGAAGGUUGUCGAUGGAUAUAUUAAUUUGGAUACCCAGCUUUUCGAUGAAUGGGUGCAAUAG